AAAGAGAUGAAGUGUUGCCCGCGUUUUUAUUUUAUUUAGUUUGUUUACGUUGUCCGAUUCAGUUAAUGUAGUUUUUAAGUUUGAAUACAAAGUUGUGUCAAGUUGUAAAUAUCGUUACACGAUGUCUAGGAAACCCAUUGUUCAAAACAAACAGCUGUCAAUGACUGCAUUCCUUGGAUUAGAUGGAAGCAGUCAAAGUCAAUCGUCGCAAUCUCAGAAAGUCGCACGAAAAAAUAUUUUGGAGGCAAAGACAGCUAAAGCAAAGUUUUACAACCCCAUUUAUCUGGAUUCUUCAUCAUCUGACGAGGAUGAUGCGGAAACACAAAAGCCACUCUCUACUACAUUGGCAUUGUCAAAGAAUAAGGCGCCGGACAAAGACGCCAAUGACAAUUCGCUUAUCAAAAGGUAUAGCUUUGAUAAUGUUAAGCAAUCGCCAUUGGCACCACUUGCCACGGCAACAGGCUCAAGUGUUAAAAUGAACUUUGACAACUUCGAAGAGGCGCUGAAACAGGAUGCAACUUAUCAAGCGUCAUUGUCAAAGCUAAAUGGACACAUCAAUAAGCUGUCCAUGUCCCCACGUAAGCCAGUAUCAUUGUCACUGUCGCCGCUAAAGCCUCCAGUCGUUGAAAAGCCAGUAUUGAAUAUUUCAAAUGGAAGCAGUUCCCAAGAUAGUUUUGAUAUAUUGGUGAGUCAAACACAAAAGGAGAAGCCGACUCUAAAAACAGAACAAUCCAGCAACUCGGACAAACAAACGCCAGAUCCAAUCUCCUCGAAUUUUGCUUCAAGUGUAAAGAAAGACCUGGAUUUAAGCUCGCCAGUGGUGUUACCAGCUCCUACGGUGAAGCCCAAACUAAAAAUUGUCUUUAGCAAUUCACUUGGCGAUUACUUACGGGAUUUGGGACAAUAUGAUAUUGAUAUAAGUAAAACGGAAUUUGGCCAACAGAAUGAAGCAUUACUAAAGAGUACAAUGGGCUCAUACAAGACCAGGUACAUUGAACUAAUGGAAAAGUAUUGUGAGGUAAUUGAUCAAAUACCUGCUGUUCACUUCAAUGAAAUCGACGGAUUUGAGGCAAACACAUUUCUUAAGCUUAAGGUAAUGCGUCAAAAGUUCAAGGCGCGAACUCAACUACUAGAGAGGCAAAUAGAGCGUCAAAAGCGGGAACGUGAGGCACAGGCGGAUGUGACGGAAUGUGACUUUGAUGCUAUGGAACGGGAGGAGCGAGAAAUGCAGGCAGAACUGAAGCAGGCUCAAGUAGAAACACCAAGUAGCUAUGCAACUGCAGCCUCAGAGGAUCAAUACGAGGAGGAGCCCAGUGAUAUUGAACUUAACACAAAGCCGACAACAUCUAAACCAAAUACAAGAUAUACCAAUGGUCCGCCAGAUGAUUUUGAUGAUCUGGUACCCGUGUCAAGUCCCCACCAUGGCUCUGACGAUGAUGAUUACUUAGCUCAGAGCAUGCGGCUUGACGAUGAAGAAAUUUACAGCUCUACACAGUAUACAGAAAAGCUUGUCCAGCCCGUCCAGUCCACCAAGAGCUUGCCCAAAUCUAACGUCGAUUCAGAUGAUGAUUUCGAGGACACAUUAAAGCAAAUACGGGAAGAGCAUGAAGCUUUACAAGGUCGUAAGUCCCAGUAUAAUAACUAUGCCUAUGCCGACUUUGAGGCUGUGAAGCAACCAACCUCUAAAAAAGAUCCGGAACCUGCACAGCGCAUUAAUUUUGCUGAAAGUAAACAGCCUACAGUCAAUCUCGACGAUGAUGGCUUUCCAGAGUACGAUCCGGCUCUUUUUGAGCAGGCGCAUGCUAAAGCAGCUGCCAGCAUUGAUUUGACCUCUGAUGGGCCCAGUACAAGUCUCUCCGUCAGCAUGGCAAGUAAAACUACUAAGCCGGCUACUGCACAAAAGAUAUCGGGUAAUUUCCAUGCCAAUGUUCACAAUGAUGGUAUCACCGGAGAGUUCGAUGGUCAAAAAUUCGAGCAUUCAACACGCUUGAUGCAGGCACUCAGCUUCAGCUUUGGCUUGAGAAGUUUCCGACCUAAUCAAUUGCAGGUGAUUAAUGCGGCACUGUUGGGCAAUGAUUGUUUUGUACUUAUGCCCACUGGAGGCGGAAAAUCCCUAUGCUAUCAAUUGCCCGCCAUUCUCACUGAAGGCGUCACCAUCGUCAUCAGUCCGCUUAAGUCGUUAAUUUUUGAUCAGGUCAACAAACUAGCCUCUCUAGACAUUUGUGCAAAGUCAAUGUCUGGUGAGCAGACAUUGGAUGAAGCUAUGUCAAUUUACCGCGACCUCGAGAUGCAUCCUCCGCUGGUCAAGUUGCUGUAUGUAACACCGGAGAAAAUUUCUAGUUCUGCGCGAUUUCAAGAUACUCUGGACCAGCUGAAUGCCAACAAUUAUAUCAGCCGAUUUGUGAUUGACGAGGCUCAUUGUGUUUCCCAGUGGGGACAUGACUUUAGGCCCGACUACAAGAAGUUAGGAAUUCUCCGCAAACGUUUUCCCAAUGUGCCAUCAAUGGCACUGACUGCAACGGCUACGCCACGUGUCCGCCAGGAUAUAUUGCAGCAGCUGAAUCUGACGCAUUGCAAGUGGUUCCUCUCGAGCUUUAAUCGAAGCAAUUUACGCUACCAGGUGCUGCCCAAGAAAGGUGUCGCGACAGUAGACGACAUGCGGAGUUUCAUACAAACGCGACCGUCUACAUCCAGUGGGAUCAUCUAUUGUCUUUCUCGCAAGGAAUGUGAUGAGGUGGCCAGUAAGAUGUGUGCGGCAGGGAUACGUGCGUCUGCCUACCAUGCUGGCCUGACGGAUAAGGCGCGUGAAUCUCGUCAAAAGGAUUGGAUAACGAACAAAGUGCGCGUUAUAUGCGCAACUAUUGCCUUUGGCAUGGGCAUUGACAAGCCCGAUGUACGCUUUGUGCUGCACUACUCGCUGCCCAAGUCCAUAGAGGGUUACUACCAGGAAGCGGGUCGCGCUGGGCGUGACGGAGAAAUAGCCGAUUGCAUCCUUUACUACAACUACAGUGAUAUGAUGCGACUUAAGAAAAUGAUGGAUGCCGACCGAGCGCUCCAGUAUCAUGUGAAGAAGAUUCAUAUUGAUAACCUGCAUCGUAUUGUCGGCUACUGUGAGAAUAUCACCGAUUGCCGUCGCGCCCAGCAACUGGACUAUUUUGGAGAGCAUUUUACCAGUGAACAGUGCCUGGAGAAUCGUCAAACUGCCUGUGAUAACUGCUUGAAGAAACGCAGUUAUCAGCAGAUCGAUGUGCUUGAGCAGUGUCGUAAGGCGGCUUGUGCUGUUCGAGAUUUGUGCAGUGGUCGGUCGCGCUUCACGUUGCUCCAUUUGGCGGAUGUGCUAAAGGGCUCAAUGAUUAAAAAAAUUGUUGAUUUCGGGCACAAUAAGACGCCUCACCAUGGCGCACUUAAGGACUGGGACAAAUCAGAUGUGCAGCGGUUGCUCCGUUUAAUGGUGCUCAGGGAUUAUCUUAAGGAGGACCUUAUCUUUUCCAAGGAUAUUCCGCAGGCCUAUCUGUACCUGGGCAACAACAUCAAUGGUCUAAUGAAAGAGACGCCCAAAAUUGAAUUUGCGCUCACACGCAAAGAAGGCGGCGGCUCCAAAGUGGUGGCCACCGUCUCAGAACCGACGUCAGCCGGAAAUAGUGAUUUGCGUCAUAUUCACGAUCGCUGCUAUAGCGAUCUGCUUGAUUUGUGCCGCACCAUUGCCGCUGCUCGUAAUGUGACAAUGGCCAGUAUAAUGAAUAUGCAAGCACUGAAGGCCAUGGCUGAGGAGCUGCCGACUACCGAGAAGGAUAUGUGCGCCAUUCCGCACGUCACAAAGGCCAAUUUCGAUAAGUACGGAGCUAAACUUCUGGAGAUCACAAAUGGCUAUGCAUUGGAAAAGGAUUGCCUGCAGGUCAUGCAGGAUAUUGAAGCCACUGAAUCCUCUGCGACCGUGCCGACAACGCCAGCACACGACGAUAACGAUUGGGCACAAGCUGCUGCAUCACAAGGCGCUGGUGGAUCAGCUGGUGGUGGUAUGCGCGGCGGUAAACGCAAAAGAGCCUGGCGAGGACGCGCCACUGGAGCUGCGACUGCCAAGCGUUAUAAAGGCGCGGCGUCUGCUGCUGCUUCUCCUGCGGCGGCGCGUAAGAAGGCCACACCAGCGAGAGCUGCUCGUGGCGCCGGAAGUAGCGCUGCUUCCAAACGUGGAGCUGCCCGUGGUGGCUCCAGCUCUUGGUUGGGUAAAAAAACGGGCACCAGUACUGGGUUUCAACUAAUGCCAUUGCCUGGAUCAAGAUAGUUAAGUUUGCGAAACAAUAAACAGUUUUUUAUCACUUUGAAA